AUGGCUGUUAACAUCCCGGGAGUGAUAUCGAUGGUGUUUUUCUACCUGCUGGUGCUUGGGACUGGCAUCUGGGCUUCUUUCAAGUCCAAAAGGAAACAGAAGAAAAGUGAAGCCACAGAAAUGGAGAUGACCCUGCUGGGGAACCGUAGCAUCAACUUGGUGGUGGGGAUCUUCACAAUGACAGCUACGUGGUUUGGGGGAGGCUUGACUGUCGGCACAGCUGAGAUGGUGUACACGCCCUCUAUGGGACUAACCUGGGCGCUUGUGACGUACAUGGCACGCAGCGCAUGUUUUAUUACUGGUGCCUUAGUGUUUGCAAAGCCAAUGAGAGAAAGAAACUGUGUGACGAUGCUGGACCCUUUCCAUGCCAAGUAUGGAAAAGUACUAACAGUUGGAAUGAGUCUGGCCUCACUGGUUUUGGAUGUGCUCUGGGUGCCCACAAUAUUUAUGUCUUUAGGAGGAACCAUGAGCGUGAUCCUGGAUUUGUCCUUCACUGUGUGCAUCUGGAUCUCAGCUGCUGUGGCCAUCUCCUACACACUGCUGGGAGGUUUAUACUCUGUUGCCUACACAGAUAUUAUACAGCUUAUCCUUAUAUUCGUCAGCUUGUGGAUCUGUGUCCCCUUUGUUUUGAUGAACCCAUCUUCCUUGGACAUCAGCCAGACACUGAUGAACAACACCUUACAUGCUCCCUGGAUUGGUCAACCAGGGCUGAAAAAGACUUGGAUAAUGAUUGAUGGAUUCAUACUCUUUACGCUGGGAAGUUUGGGAUAUCAGUGUUUCCACCAGAGGACCUUGUCUGCAUCUUCCACAGCCACAGCCAAGCUCACUUGCUUUGCUGCUGCUUUCAUCUUACCUAUUCUUGGGAUACCAUCUAUACUAGUUGGGGCAGCAGCUGCAUCUACAGACUGGAACCUCACUACCUAUGGUUCUCCAUCUCCAUAUGAACGUGGAGAAGCAGCUCUAGUUCUACCCAUCGCCCUGCAGCACCUCACUCCAUUCUUUGUCUCCAUUAUUGGCAUUGGAAGUGUUGCUGCUGCUUGCAUGUCAUCGGCUGACUCUGCGUUGCUUUCUGCAGCUUCUGUCUUCACCUCCAACAUAUACAAGAACAUCCUGAGGCCUCAGGCCUCAGAAAGAGAGAUUCAGUGGGUGAUCCGUGCUUCUGUGUUGGUUGUGGGCUUGGUUGGUACAUCACUUGCCCACCUGGAAAACAGCAUCUUUUUGUUCUGGUUUCUUGGUUAUGAAAUUUCCUACAUUGUAAUCUUCCCUCAGCUUCUUUGUGUGCUUUUCUUCAACAUCUCCAAUGGUUACGGGGCUGUAAUGGGGUUUGUGGUUGGAGUUGUACUAAGACUGCUCAGUGGAGACCCAUCACUAGGGUUAGCACCAGUCAUACACUUCCCAGGAUGCACUCUUGAGGACGGUGUUUAUGUCCAGUAUUCUCCAGUUAAGACCAUCUCCAUGCUGUCUGCCAUUGCUGCCAUCUUGUUGUUCUCCUACCUGGCUUCUGUGAUCGUUAACAAAGGUCUGCUUCCUGAGAAGUGGGAUGUGUUCAAAGUGAAAGCACAGAACUCACCACAGCCACUGACACCAGAAGUUGGCCCUAAAGAGCACAGUGAGACUGAAAAACUGAAGAGAAACAACUCUCAGACUGAGGCAUUAGAGCCAAUGAAUAUGUGUGUACAGUAGUAUCUGUUCUCUUAAAUCAUGGGUCUCAAACUCGCGGCCUGCGGGCCAUUUGCGGCCCUCGUGACGAUGUUUUGUGGCCCUCACCUUGAUAUGAAAGUUUAAUGUGAGUUUUAUAUGAAUGGCACUUUUGCGUGUUGUGUGUGAAAGGUCCCUUUAUUGCGCAAGCUGAAGGUUUGUUUCACUGGUUUCUAUGACGACGUUAAC